AUGGACAGGCCAGACCAUCACCAGCACCAGUUCUUCAUGCCGGCGCCGGUGCAGGUAGCGCAGCCACAGCAGCAGCAGCAGCUUUGCGUGCCGAUGAUGGACGAGCCGUCGUCGUCGUUCUUGGCGGGGAUGGGCGGAGGUAGGCCGUCGUCGUCGGCGAGGGGGGAGAGGAAGCGGCGGUUCACGGAGGAGCAGAUCCGGUCGCUGGAGUCCAUGUUCCACGCGCACCACGCCAAGCUGGAGCCCCGGGAGAAGGCGGAGCUGGCGCGGGAGCUGGGCCUGCAGCCGCGCCAGGUGGCCAUCUGGUUCCAGAACAAGCGCGCCCGCUGGCGCUCCAAGCAGCUCGAGCACGACUACGCCCUGCUCCGCGCCAAGUUCGACGACCUCCACGCCGGCGUGGAGUCCCUCAAGCAGGACAAGCUCGCCCUCACCACACAGUUGAACGAGCUAAGCGAGAGGCUGAGGGAGCGGGAGGACCGGGCCGCCGGCGGCGGCGCCGGCGCGACCACGGCUAGCAGCAGCAGCUGCAACGGCGGCGGUGGUGAGGAGGCCGAGGCGGAGGACGACAAGAGGAACGUCGUGCUCGGGUGCGUCAACAACAUGGAGCCGCCGCCCGAGAGCUGUGUGCUCGUCGGGUCGUGCGCGACGCCGGCGGACGUCGUUUCGGUGGAGUCCGAGUGCGACGACCACCACCACCACCUAGACUACGACGACGGGUUCCCGGAGUCCUACUGCGCUAUGCCGGAGCUGUGGGAGCCCUGGCCGCUUGUGGAGUGGAAUGAGGUGGCCUGA